UGCUCUUAAACCAGUUUGUUGCGUAGGAACAUGGAGUGGGAUUUUCGCGCACCGGACCGGGGGUUGUAGAGUUUAGAAACGAAUAAUUUAAAACGAUGGCAUUUGCGACAAGACACUUACGAAUUUUGUGUAAAAUAUACAGUGGCAGUAGAAUUGCGACUUUCUCCACCCUUCGACCUCCAGUUACAAGGAUAACCCUCGUGAAAUCUACUCAAAAUUACAGAUACUCCACUGAACCGAUUCGGCCAAAAAUAACCGGUAGUUUAACGAAUAUACAGUCAACAACGACACCAAUCGAAGCAAAACCGACAUCGGAUCAAAACAAACAAAAUGAAAACGAUGAAGACCCGGAGAAAAAGGAUGGAGAGAAAAAAGGUACAGCCUAUACUCCAUUUAUGAAAUUCUGUAUGGCAUUUUUCGGUAUAUGGAUGGGUGGCGUGGGUUCCUACAUGAUUUAUGAGUUGGCUCGACCGAACUAUGACGAAGAAGGAAACGUCAUCGAGGACGAAUUCACACAUUUACCAUACAUGGAACAAAUGUUCAAAAGGUUAUUGAGAGAACUGAAUUACUACAAAAAGCUCGUUCAAGAACCAAGCAGGGAUAAAUUACUUCCUGAUCCUCUCAAGUACCCUUACAUUCAACCACAAUACACUCUAGUAUUAGAAUUAAUAGAUUUAUUGGUCCAUCCUGAUUGGACAUAUCAAACUGGAUGGAGGUUUAAAAAACGACCCGGUGUUGAUCAGUUCCUUGAAUCUGUUGCUCCACCUCAAUUUGAAAUUGUAGUAUUUACCGCGGAGCACGGAAUGACUGUGUUCCCAAUCCUGGAUGCCUUGGACCCUCAGGGAUAUAUUAUGUACAGAUUGGUCAGAGACGCAACGCGUUUCGUGGAUGGCCAACACGUGAAGGACUUGAGCGCACUUAACAGAGAUCUCAGCAAAGUGAUUGUGGUUGACUGGAACGGAGAUAGCGUGAAAUAUCAUCCAGAAAACGUACUGAAACUACCUCGAUGGACUGGCAACGAUGAUGACACGACCAUGUAUGAUUUGGCCGCAUUCCUCAAAACUAUCCAUGUAUCCCAAGUAGAUGACGUUAGGGAUGUCUUGAAUUAUUAUAGACAGUUCGAAAAUCCUCUGGAAGCCUUCCGAGAAAAUCAAAGAAAAUUACUGGUCCAGAUGGAGGAGGAUGAAGUAAAGCAAAAAGACGCAACGAGGGAUUUAACGUCGAGGUGGAAACCAUCUUUUCUACGAAAUCGCUAGUCAUAAGAACAAUAAAAUCCUUUGUUCCGAAAA